CUUCCCCUCCUGUCCGCUGCCAGGGCCCCGACAGAACCAACCCCCAGCAACUCUGACCCUGCACUUGCCACGAUUCUUCUUGUCCUGGCUCCUGACUGGCAGCUCUCAAGGCCGAGUUCUGCUUUCGCGUAAUUUGAAUGCAUCACCGCCCUAGUGAGCCCUACUCACAAACGCAGGGGAGCUGGGGCCAUCCUCGGCUGCCAUCUUGGAACUCCGCCAUCAGCCGCUUGGGGCUCCACACAGCAAGCACUGCCCAGCGCCCUGCUGCCAUCUUCUGGAGGUUGCUGGUCCUCUUCUGCUCCUCAGAUCUUUGGGACUGCUCUUCCCAACAGUUCUAACAAGCCCCUGAUAUCCUCAAUACGCUAUCAGACAUUGUUUUAAUGCAGUGACCUGGGCCUCAAAGAAAAAUGUACAGAUAAGUCAUUAAAGUAAUGAGACAAAUGACCAGAAAAUGGAGUAAAUGCUUAUCUCCUAUUGGUAUGCCGGAGCCAGGUGGAUGAAAGUGACCCAAGAUCACUCAUGGGAAUAUACAUUCGGUGUGUGAAAAUCUUUCAAAGUUUGAAAGUGGUGUCAUCAGGCGUGAUGAAAUACCUAUAGCCUCCCCUGGGCAUCCUUUGCCACAGUUUUCUUGGAAAACAUACCAAAAGAUUAUCUAGUUUCUUCUUCAUUGUCGGACUGAUGUUUGCAGGGGGCUUUUUUUGGGAACCAGAACAGAAGUCAUCCCACAUCCUUACGCAAUCCUUCCACAGGCUCCAACAAAUAAAGGGCCUUUGGACCCUCCGCCAGUCUGCCUUUUCCAGCAGAGUACCUGAGUUGGGCCUGAAGCCUCCAGCUACUCGCCUGCCGACCUGCCAGGACCUCUCCAGGGCAACCAUGAGGUCCCUCGUCCUGCUGCUUUGCCUUGCUCAGCUCUGUGGCUGCCACUCUGUCCCGCAUGGCCCGGUUCUGGGUUAUAGGGAACCAGCCUGUGAUGACCCAGAAACAGAGCAAGCAGCCCUGGCGGCCGUGGACUACAUCAACAGGCACCUUCCUCAUGGCUACAAGCACAUCUUAAACCAGAUCGACAGUGUGAAGGUGUGGCCGCGGCGGCCCACGGGAGAGGUGUUUGACCUUGAAAUAGACACACUGGAAACCACCUGCCAUGUACUGGACCCCACCCCCCUGGCAAACUGCAGCGUGAGGCAGCUGAAAGAGCACGCGGUGGAAGGAGACUGCGAUUUCAAUGUGCUGAAACAGGACGGACAGUUUUCCGUGUUGUCUGCAAAAUGUGAUUCCAGUCCAGACUCGGCCGAGGACGUGCACAAGGUGUGUCCAGACUGCCCCCUGCUGGCCCCGCUCAACGACAGCCGGGUGGUGCACGCAGUAGAGGCUGCGCUGGCUACCUUCAACGCCCAGAAAAGCGGCUCCUACUUUCAACUUGUGGAAAUUUCUCGGGCUCAAUUUGUGCCUCUUCCAGCUUCUGUUUCUGUGGAGUUUGCAGUGGCUGCCACUGACUGUGUUGCUAAAGAGGUCGUAGACCCAGCCAAGUGCAACCUGCUGGCAGAAAAGCAAUAUGGCUUCUGUAAGGGGAUGGUCACUGAGAAUGUUGCUGGUGGGGAAGAUGUUGCAGUGACCUGCACGGUGUUCCAAACACAGCCUGUGCUCCCGCAGCCCCAACCAGAUGGCGCCGAAGCAGGGCCCCUCACGCCUGCACAGGGCUCGGCUGCGCCAGCGCUUUCUCCAGCUGGCCUGCCCGCGGCCUCCCUGGUGGUGGGACCCAGGGCCGUGGCAGCUCCCCCGAUCCCCCCACCGGUACACCCGGCGCACUACGACCUGCGCCACGCCUUCUCGGGUGUGGCCUCAGUGGAGUCAGCCUCAGGAGAAACGUUUCACGUGGGGAAAACACCCAAGGUGGCGCAGCCUAGCGUUCCUGCUCCUGAAGGUCCAGUUCCAGUGGUCCGCCCUUGCCCGGGGAGAAUCAGAUACUUCAAUAUCUAGAAGACGGUCGGAGAUGAGAAGGUUUGGCACAGAGAACAUGGCCACCGUUUUGUCCAAGUAUGGGUAUGCGUGGGAGCUGUGUCUGCUAUCAAAGCAAGUGCUACGUGUGGUCUAGAUUAAUGUCAAGUCUUGAAUGCCAGCUUCUCCUCAUCCUUCGGAGGUCGGGGAACAGAGCGGGUGAUAGUUAUGUUUGAUGGAAGGCAUAAGGUCAGCAACUUGAUUGUUAUUGUUUUGAUGCUAAGCCACCACCAUUGUGUUCUCUUCUUUCUCUUGACCUCACAAAAAUAAUUGGAACUGUGAUUUUGAAAGGUGCUCUUGCCAAGUUUAUAUCUGCUUGUUAAUAAAAAUGCCUGAAGGACCUUCCUUAAAAAAGAAGGUUCUAAGCUGAA